AUGUGGACACAGUCUCUUCUGGCAGAAAUUUCUAUUAGGCUUGAUGACCUUCAUAGUUUUUUCUAUCACAAUGAUAACAUCUUCAACAGCAUUUCCCACGUUGCUCAGGAAGGCCGUCCGCGCACAGCCCGAAAGCCCAAUGUGCAGCUCGGAUCCUACGUGCUGCCUUCACCAGCGCCGGCCUCGGCCGCGGCAUUCCUGACUGACAUAGGGGGCCGGGAGCCUCCGCGCGCCCUCCCGAGGCGCCCGGCCCCGAGCGCCAGAGGGGGCCCCCUGCGCCCCGGAAGUCUGAGGCUCACUCCCCCACGGCGCCCCGCGGGACGCGCGCCCCGGCCCCGCCGACUCCGGCGGCCAGACGACCCCGCACGCAGGGCCUGGGCGGCCUGGCGGCCCGAGCGCAGAAAUCGCUGUCCAGCCCCAUUGGCGGAACCGCCCGGGUCCCGGGCUGACUCAACCAGCCCGGCCGCACUCAACGGCGCCUUCCGGCGAAAGGGAGAGGCCGGGGAGGGAGGAAGACGCGAGGGCCGCCGGCAGGACAAGACAUCCCCGGCGCCUGCGCCCGCGCGGCGGCCCGGCCUCGACUGGGGAGGGGGUCCUGGCGCCGCGCCGCCCCUCACCGACGCCCCCGGCCCAGCCCCCCGGCGGCGACGAUGUAACCCGAUCCCGCCCGGCCGCCCGCCCCCGCCCGACGCGGCGGUCGCCGCCGCCCGAGCCACAGUAUCUGCAAAUCAGCCCUGGACAGCGCCUCGCUCCGCGUCCUUCCGCGCCCUCCCCUUCUCGCGGCCACCGCCGCCCGGCCGACCCGCCGCCCCCACCCGACCGUGCCUCAGACCGCGCCGCGCUUACCGGCCUUCCUGGGCGAGGAGGGGCGACGACCCGCGUCGCCGCUCCUUCACGGACUACUUUUCUUUGUUGCAGGAGUUUCGGGGGAGGGGAGGGUAA